UUUACAGUGUUAAAAAAUGACUCUUUUCCUGACCCUUUGACCUUCCUCAGAUGUAUUUUGGGAGAAGCUCAAGCUAUUCAUGACCUUCCCUGUCCCCUCAGUCUUCAAGCUGUUGGGUGUUCCUUGCUUUUGGGAGGUGCUUUAAAUCUGACUGCCAGAGCCGUGGGCUGCUAAGAGCAGAAGCUGGCUGCAUGAUGCUGAGCACAGGUUUUCCUCCUGUUUUCCUGUUGCUCACUGCACUGGAGCUAAGCUGGUCCCUGACUGAUGAAGAAAAGACGAUAAUCUUGGAUGGGCAUAAUAAAUACCGCUCCCAGGUCUCUCCUCCUGCUAUGGAUAUGCUGAAGAUGAGUUGGGACACAGAGCUGGAGGCCUUUGCCCAAGCCUAUGCGGAGAAAUGCAUCUGGGACCACAACAAGGAGAGGGGCCGACGGGGAGAAAACCUCUUUGCUAUGGCUCCGACACUGGAUCUGGAAUUUGCCGUGGAGGACUGGAACGGGGAAGAGAAAUACUAUAACCUGACGACUUCCAUGUGUGUCCCUGGGCAGAUGUGUGGUCACUACACCCAGGUGGUGUGGGCAAGCACACAUCGUAUUGGCUGUGGGGCAAAGUUUUGUGAGAAGAUUGAUGGAAUCGAAACAGAGGACAUGUACCUGCUUGUUUGCAACUAUUAUCCUCCGGGUAAUGUGAAAGGCCGAAAGCCAUACAAAGAAGGACCUUCUUGCUCACAGUGUCCCGAAGGCAGAGUGUGUGUCAAGUCCUUGUGUGAAUCCACUGUAGAAGAGACCACUCCAAUCUCUCUGACAACAAAGAAAAGCCCAUCCACCACAACCACACUAGAACCUACUACAACAUCACCCACCAUGGCCACAGCGAAGUCAGAACUCACAACCAUACCCCCAACUCAGACACAAGUACCCACCACAUCCAUGGCAAAGCCAAAACCUACUGUGCCAGAACCCACCGUAGCUACAGGCAAGCCAAAGCCCAUCACACUAACAACUGCCAUGCCAAAACCUAACACAACCACUACGGCCAAGCCAGCACCCACCACGCCAAAACCCACAACCUCUACGGCCAAGCCAGCACCCACCAUGCCAAAACCUAACACAACCUCUACGGCCAAGCCAGCACCCACCACGCCAAAACCCACAACCUCUACGGCCAAGCCAGCACCCACCACGCCAAAACCCACAACCUCUACAGCCAAGUCAGCACCCACCACACCAAAACCCACAACCUCUACAGCCAAGCCAGCACCCACCACGCCAAAACCCAUCACAACCACCACUACGGCUAAGCCAUCACCCAUCAUGCCACAACCCACCACAACCACCACGACAGCCAAGUCAGCACCCACCACACCAAAACCCACCACAAACACCACUACAGCUAAGCCAGCACCCCCCACCAUGCCACAACCCACCACAACCACUACUAUGGCUAAGCCAGCACCCACCGCAACUACCGCUCUGGCCAAGGCAGCACCCACAACAUCUAAACCCACAAUGACUGCAGCCAAGACAGUACCCACCACACCAAGGCCCACCACCACUAUGGCUAAGCCAGCACCCACCACGCCAAAACCCACCACAAACACCACUACAGCUAAGCCAGCACCCACUACCAUGCCACAACCCACCACAACCACCACUACAGCCAAGUCAGCACCCACUACCAUGCCACAACCCACCACAACCACCACUACAGCCAAGUCAGCACCAACCAUGCUACAACCCACCACAACUGUCACUAUGGCCAAGGCAGCACCCACCACGUCAAAACCCACAAUGACUACAGCCAAGACAGUACCCACCAUGCCAAGACCCACCACUGCUAUGGCUAAGCCAGCACCCACCACGCCAAAACCCCCCACAAACACUACUAUGGUUAAGCCAGCACCCAACACCAUGCCACAACCCAUCACAACCACCACUGCGGCUAAGCCAGCACCAACCAUGCCACAACCCACCACAACUACCACAAUGACCAAGACAGCACCCACCAUGUCAAAACCAACAACCACUACAGCCAAGUCAGCACCCACCAUGCCAAAACCCACCACAAACACCACUACGGCUAAGCCAGCACCUGCCACCACACCACAACCCAUCACAACCACCACUGUGGCUAAGCCAUCACCAACCACACCACAACCCACCACAACUAUCACUAUGGCUAAGUCAGCACCUACCAUGCCAAAACCCACCACCACUAUGGCCAAGCCAGCACCCACCACAACUAUGGCCAAGACAAAACCUUCUACAGCCAAGCCAGCAACCACCUCACCAACAUUUACCACCAUUUUAACCAAGCCAACACACACUUAUACGACUUCAACAAAGCCAAAUCUCACCACCUCAACAGCAAAGAUGAUAACAAAACCUACCACAACCACAAAGCCAGAACACACUGAAACAGAAAGACCCAAUCCAACUGAGGCAACUGGGCUCAUGCUUUCCUUUGAGCCCACAUUAGACGUGGAUUAUAAAAUAUUUUCAGAUGUAGAGUUAGACACUGGAGAGCCCAUUGGCUUAACUACAGAGGAUCCUACCUUAUUAGAAAGUAUUGGCACAGCCUUCAGCCCCAAAUCAAUCCCAGAAACAAAUAAAGGUGUGAAAGAGGAUGGGGGAGAGAAAUCAUUCUUCUUUUCCAGUCCACCUCCAUCCUUCAGCAAAGUUAUUCCAGAGAUCAAGUUAGGUUUCAAUAAAACUGAGCGCAUAACCUCCUCAAAGUCAGUGGUCUUCAGUCCUGAAGAACCCACCUUCUUGCGUUUAACAUCGUCUUCCAAAGAAAAGGGUCAGAGCCCUGCUUUCCAGUCCUCCCUCUCAGAUUCCCAGUAA